UUGUAUGUCUUUCCAAUAGGCACUAUUUCGGUCAACAGCCGCAGCAUGCCCUUCAGCUCUCCUGAGGGUAGCGAGAUCCUGGACCUGGACAGUGAUAUGUACCUAGGCGGACUGCCCGAGUCGAAGUCUGACCUCAUCCUGCCGCCCGAGGUUUGGACGGCGCUCCUUAACUACGGCUACGUGGGCUGCGUCCGUGACCUCUUCAUCGACGGCAAGAGCCGAGAUGUCCGCCGCCUGGCAGAGAUUCAGAGCGCGCUGGGUGUCAGCAGCUUCUGCACCCGCGAGCUGCAGAAGCGAUGCAGCAGCGCUCCCUGUGGCAAUGCCGGAAUGUGCAAAGAGGGAUGGAAUCGGUACAUAUGCGAUUGCACUGGUACCGGUUACCUGGGCACCAACUGCGAGAUAGAUAUUCUGACUCAAUUUAUUUUCCUCCUUUGUUUCUACACAGAGGCGACAGUUCUGAGUUAUGACGGCAGCAUGUACCUUAAAAUCAUCAUGCCGGUCACCAUGCACACGGAGGCCGAGGAUGUGGCGCUGCGUUUCAUGUCUCAGCGGGCGUACGGCCUGCUCAUGGCCACCACCUCCAAGGAGUCAGCCGACACUCUGCGGCUGGAACUGGACGGAGGCCGCGUCAAACUUAUAGUCAACCUCGGUAAGCCACUGUGGUUCAUCAACAGUUUUUACUAA